CGGGUGUUCAAAUUCCGUGUUGGAAUUCUUGGAAAACCUGUCAUCGAUUAUGAAUGACGCUUAUGGUUAAGGAGCCAAUCCAGUUGAGCUUUAAAAACGUGUCAGGGCUGUCACGUGAUCUCGUCAACCCCUCGCCAAGUGACGUUCUUCCUAAUCAUUUUACAUUCUUUUAAAAUAUUCAUAUUAUUGGUUUGGACUCGUUACUAGCUUGAAUGUGUGAAUAUUUACCUGGCAAAAAAAUAAUGAUAAAAGUGUCACGUCGUCACCGGCUGUCAUGGUUUCCUGACCUCAAUGCCCCUCCUCUUUUGUGACGUAGACUUCCCCUGUGUGUGGCCUCCUGCCAUAGUUUUUCAAUGCCGGGCAAGAUGGCGGCCACACAGACGAGGUGUUAUUGCCAGUGGUCAUAAAGGGGGCAUUUUUAUUCACAAUUCGGAACUGAGUCAGACGUCAUUGUGUGCCAAUUCCCCGCCGCGACGCCUAUUUUGGGUGGCUCUUUUUUGCCGUUGGGUUUUUUCUUUCCUUCGAAAAACGUUUUGAUCCACCGCAACAUGUUCACGUUGUAGCUCGCGGAGAGCAAGUCUACCAGCUAGUCUCGCUCGCUAGCCGCAACCCCAAGCCGCCGUCAAGUGGAGAAUGGGAGAAAAGCUGGAGCUGAGGCUCAAAUCGCCGGUUGGAGCAGAAGCCGCUGGCUACCCGUGGCCCUUACCGGUUUACGAUAAACACCACGAUGCUGCCCACGAAAUCAUCGAGACCAUUCGGUGGGUGUGCGAGGAGAUUCCAGACCUCAAGCUGGCAAUGGAGAACUAUGUGCUCAUCGACUACGACACCAAGAGUUAUGAGAGUAUGCAGAGACUGUGCGACAAAUACAACAGGGCCAUUGACAGCAUUCACCAGCUGUGGAAAGGGACGACUCAGCCCAUGAAGUUGAACAAGCGCCCGUCCAACGGGCUGCUGCGACACAUCCUCCAACAGGUGUACAACCACUCUGUGACCGACCCGGAAAAGCUGAACAACUACGAGCCCUUCUCGCCCGAGGUUUACGGCGAGACUUCCUUCGACCUGGUGGCGCAGAUCAUCGACGAAAUGGAAAUGAUGGAGGACGACACCUUCGUAGACCUCGGCAGCGGUGUGGGUCAGGUGGUGCUGCAGGUUGCGGCAGCAACCAACUGUAAACACUACUACGGCGUUGAGAAAGCAGAUAUUCCAGCAACCUAUGCAGAGAGCAUGGACAAAGAGUUUAAAAAGUGGAUGAAAUGGUAUGGCAAGAAACACGGGGAGUACACUCUGGAGAGAGGAGAUUUUCUGUCUGAAGAAUGGAAAGAAAGGAUCGCCACCACAAGUAUUAUUUUUGUGAAUAAUUUUGCCUUUGGUCCAGAGGUAGAUCAUCAGCUUAAGGAACGUUUUGCGAACAUGAAGGAAGGUGGGAAGAUUGUAUCUUCCAAACCAUUUGCACCUUUAAACUUUCGAAUUAACAGCCGAAACUUGAGUGAUAUAGGCACAAUAAUGCGUGUGGUAGAGCUCUCGCCACUGAGGGGUUCUGUGUCCUGGACUGGAAAGCCAGUCUCCUACUAUCUGCACACCAUAGACCGCACCAUACUUGAAAACUACUUUGCUAGUCUCAUCAAUCCUAAACUCAGGGAAGAGCAAGAGGCAGCUCGACGACGUCAGCAGAAAGAUAUUAAGGACAGCAAAAGCAAUAGCACCACACCCACCAAAACCAAGGAGCAAAACAAGUACCUGUAUUCGGUACUCCAGCAGGAUUCCUGUGGGGAGGAAGAGCAGCGCCUCCCAUUGGUGAGUGUGGUCAAGCCCGCCGCCAAGUCCCGCCAAACCAAACUCUUGGCCAAGGGUCGCAAGCUGAACAACAAAAAGAGGGGUCGACCCAAGAAGGCGGCGCCGGCUAGCGACAAGAAGAAGAAUCAGAGCGCGUUGGAUUUGCUGCAUGCCAAGACCCUUUCUGCAGCGCCCCCUCAGGAUGCAUACCUGCAACCGCGGAGUCCCUUUUACCAACUACCUCCUAAGGUCCAGCACUACCCAGCCAAUCAACUGCUGCUGAGCCCAACCCCUCCGGGUCUGCAACAACUGCUAGACAACAUCAAAGUUCAAUACCUCCAGUUUAUGGCCUACAUGAAGACUUCUCAGUACCAAUCCAAUCUACAGCAGCUUUUAGAGCAGGAGAAGCAAAAACACAGGGAUUUGUCCACGCAGGCAGAGCAGCUCCAUUCCAUCUGUCAGUCUCAGAAGGACAAGAUCAAAGGUCUCUUUCAGACCAAACUGGAUGAGCUGGGAGUGAAAGCUCUCACUGUGGAGGACCUGCUGCAGGCCCAGAAGGAGAUCUCGUCCCACAACCAUCAAUUGAAAGAGCAGACCAAACAGCUUGAGAGAGACAUGGCUUUACUUCGAGAUCACAGCGUGCUGCUGCUAAAGUCUCGAUGUGAGGAGCUAAAGUUGGAUUGGGGCUCUUUGUGUCUGGAGAGUCUGCUGAAAGAGAAGCUGGCCCUGCGGAGACAAAUCUCUGAGAAGCAGAGACACUGCUUAGAGUUGCAGAUUAGCAUUGUGGAGCUGGAAAAAAGUCAGAGGCAACAGGAGCUGCUUCAACUCAAAUCGUACAGCCCUCACGAGGGCUCCCCUUUCCGCAAGAACCCGGAAUCCCGUUCGUCCGCCGACGUGGACGCCCCCAAGUUCGGCCUGCCCUCGGUCCCAACUCUCAACGGCAUAAGCCCAGAACGCUCUAUCAACGGUACCGGCUCGCCUUCUUUGGAGCGCGGGAACACCAAGACGGAGGUUCUCUCACGCUAUCUGCCAAUCUCUCCCGACCACGACGCCGCCGCAGCCACGCCCGAGGCUCGACAGAGGCAGCACGUCUCCCACGCUCUUCCCGACUACACGCGCUUCUCCCCCGCUAAAAUUGCCUUGCGCAGGCACCUCAACCAGGAACCCACAGCCGCGGGCCACUUGAGAGGCCCCGGGCCGCCCACACACAGAGGGGAAAUGGGUGGCGUUAACUCUCCUCUCGGAGCCAAGCAGGGCAGCCCAUCUCCUCAUGCGUUGGAUGCUCAGAAUACACCGAAAAGCACCGAGAGGGGUGGAAAGGAGAAGAGUCCGUCUGUUCAGGCAGACAACAGUAUCACAAGCCUUCCAAUAAGUAUUCCGCUGAGCACUGUUCACCCAAGCAAACUUCCAGUCAGCAUUCCGCUCGCCAGUGUGGUGCUACCCAGUCGGGCUGAGAGACUGAGAAGUACUCCCAGUCCUGUCUCUCAGGCCUGUCAAACCAACGGAUAUUCAUCUAGCUCAGGGCUCAUGAAUGGAGGUCCCCACUCAGAGGAACAAAAUGGUGCUUCUUCAUCGCCUCCGCACGCAAACACACCCUUGGCGGGACCCAUGAGCAGAGGAGGUCCGAUCCAGAGCCCCCCGCUCGGCACCGGAGGGGUUCUUCAUUAUGCAGACGGACCCCCAAGGAUUCUUUCCGAAGAUGGCCAGGAACGCCAAGAGACCGAGUCCGACACUGAGCCCCAGGACAAUGAACUGCGGAGGAGAAUUUUUUUCUCCUCCUCUUCCUCCUCCUCGUCUUCGUCAUCGGGCAGUGGCGGAUUGCGCCUCCAUCACCACGCCGGCAGCUCGACCAAGCAGGGAUACCACAGUAACCACGGAAACCACAACCACCAGUCGCCCGGCACGCAGCGCGCGCACACGCCCCCCACGCACGGCCUCACUCCUCAAGAAGGACGCAAACGGGGGCGGCGGAAGCGCGGCUCUACGGGGACUAGCGCAACCAGCGGCUCACCAAAGAGGAGGACCUUUCCCGGCGUCAGUGCGAACAACCACUCCUCCGGGUCCCCGCUCAACAUCAAUUCCAUGGUAAACAACAUUAACCAGCCACUGGAAAUCGCCGCCAUCUCCUCACCGGAGCAAUCAAGCCGCAGCCCCGGCGCGUCAACCCUGGACCAGCCUCCUGUUCUGAAGAGGGAGCGCCCCCUGGAGGUCAACGGCACUAGUCGUUACUCCUCCGCGCCUAGCACUGAUGACGAGGACUCGGGAUACCCGGCAGAAAGCACCAGUUUACGGAUUGAAAGGAAAAUUGCUACGAUAUCCUUGGAGAGCAGAGACGGACCCGGGAGACUCGGUGAAAGUGAAAGAGGCAGGAAGUCGGGCUGCAGCAGCGGUCACAGCACAGGCAGCGAGGCCUCCUCCUCAUCCUUGUCCUCUACAAGCAAAUGGAAGUCAACCUUUUCACCCAUUUCUGACCCCAAGCAACCCAACUCUGACCUCAGACAAGGGGGCUCUCCGUUUGGUAUGGGAGCGUCAAACUCGGACGCCGAUUACAAACAACACCAUCAACAGCCCAGGAAGGGAAACGAUGGCGAGUUAUCCGGCUACACGAAUCCCAACCCUUUCUUGAGCCAAGAGGCUGGCAACCGAAGCACUGUUAGCGGAGGAGGUCAGGCUGGCAACGGUUCUGACCCCCGCCAGAUUGUACAGAAGCAGAAGGCCCCUCGGGAUUGGGAGCUAAAGACAAGUAGCGGCCAUUCCAGUCAGAACAUCUUCAUAGCCGCCGCCGCCGCCAGUAGCGGCGGAGGCAUUCUGAGCGGCAAAGUCGGUGGAAGCCCUGUCAAUGUUUCGACAGGAUCCUCAGUGGGUCAGUACCUGGGCUCUCAGUUCCCACUUGGAGGGACCUCGGUCUUACAGUCGUUGUUCGGGGCCCAGACAGGAAGCUCCGGCGCCAGCGCCAACACACGACUGGUCAACGGACACUCUGGCCUGGGCAGCUUCUCUAGCGCCGGGCUUGCAGGCGGAGCGGCAGGAGGUUCCUUUCACCACGCGGUUCCCUCAGUGUCCUCCCAUCAGUUUGGGGUGUCGCUGCCCACCUCCGGAGGCCUCGGCUCUCUGCUCAGUCUCUCCUCCCCCCAAACCGCUUCGGCGCCCUCGCCUCUCCCUCUCACCCCGUCGCAGGCCCAGCAUAGUCGCACCCAGUCGGUGCUGCACAGCCCCUCCGCCCCCACGCACUCUCUGCCCCCUCCGCCGCCCCUGCACAGCGCCCCCUCCUCCUCCACGCCCGCCAACACCCCCCCGCCGCCCCAUUCGUCCCGUCUCCCGCACGCCUCGCUUCAUCACCCGAGGGUCCACGCCCUCGCUGUUUCCUCUUCCCCCUGUGUCGUUCUCUCCGCCCCCCCUUCUUCCUCUUUGUCGUCCCCCACGUCUCGUCCAUACGCAGUGCACUACUCGCCCCGCUUGCCACCGCCGCCUCCCGCCAGCAGCUCAGGUGGUGGCGGGAGCAUGCGGAGGACUCAGGGCACACAUGGCACCUUCACCACCACCACCCCGCUCCCUGGCUCCCGACCGAGAUAGGUUUUGGGGUUGAGGGGCUGGGGGAGGUUGUGUUGUGGGCAGAUAGAGAGAGAGAGCGGGACUUAUGGGGAGUUCAUUGUUCUAAAUGAACAAGGUAAGUUAAUCCUGCAAUAUUAGAAUGACAUUUUUGAGUAUGACGUGGUGUUUGCCCCUUUUCCACUGCAAGUCUGGGUAUGGGUCAAUAUCAUCAAUCCAUUCAUUUUCUACUACGCUGGACCCCUGCACACAUGCAAUUCAGCACCUAUUAACAUUUUUGUUGUUGUUGGAAAUCCAUCCAUCCAUUUUCCAAUCCGCUUAUCCUAGGGUGGCUGGAGGCUAUCCCAGCCGUCUUCCAGCAGUAGGCAGGGUACAUCCUGAACCGGUUGCCAGCUAAUCGCAGGGGUGCACACACAGACGAAGGAACACCCAUUCUUUCUCACACUCACACCUAGGGACAAUUAGAGUGUUCAAUCAGCCUGCCAUGCAUGUUUUUGGAAUGUGGGAGGAAACCGGAGCACCCGGAGAAAACCCACGCAGGCCCGGGGAGAACGUGCAAACUCCACACAGGGAGGUCGGAGCUGGAAUCUAAUCCAGUACCUCCCCACUGUGAGGUCGACGCACUAACAACAGGAGCACCUUAAAACUUUUUUUCAUAGAAAAAGCUAACUGGAGGUCAAGGAUUUGUUUGCGUUAAAAUUUUGGCUUUUGUUUCUCAUACGUUUAUAACGGCAAUUCUACACAGAUUUUCGCUAUUGGCGGCUGGCCAGCUACGAAGUAACCUCUCCUUUACUCACAAACUUAUGUAUGUACUUACUGCCCUCUAGUGGAUGAUAACGCAACUGUUCUGCUUGUCACUAUGCUGCUCUACAUCAACAAAGGUACUUUUUCUGGAGCGAAAUAAUACUUUUUGAACAAAUUAAGUGAAAUUUGAUCAUAAGCAAUAAUAAGGCCUGCCAAGAGGCUAACCUAGAUCACCCGAGUACUCGAAACGGUACCUGGUAAGCUUCAAUAGCAAGUGGAACCUCGCAUUGGAAAAGGGGCAAUGCUCUCUUUUUAUGGGUCAGUAAAAUGACCGAGCACAUGUUUUGUUUUGUUUGGCCUUUCAGGUAAUUGCUGAAAACUACCUCAUCAUUAAAAAAAAAAAACAACAACAACAAAACUAUGCAAAUAUCCAGGUGUGGACCCAAGGCACUCUGCUCCUCGCUCACUGGUGCUUUAAUAAGUCGAGACUACCGGAUCGCCUCCAAGACUGACUUCUGUACUGGGACACACACACACACACACAGACACACACUCAUGUACAAACACAAACGCUGCAGCGAUCAUGAGCGGAAUUCAAAGGAACCGGUCUUGUUUCGGUCUCAAUUUUUUUUAGAAAGCAGAAAGAAAUGAAUUAAUGCAACAAGCACACGACUUCCUCUUUUGGAGGAGCCACUUCCUGCUUGACCUAUUCAUUGGUAUCUGCGCAGAUGUCACAAGCGCGUCUUUAUUUUAGUUUUGUUUUUUUCUGACAUCUGAACUAUGUAACAAGAUGAGGAAAGUCGUGUUUUGAUGACGUUCACACUGGAUAACAACAUACAGUUGCAUUUGUAGCAUUAUGGUUUGUAUCAUUAGGAUCCAGCCAUCCUUUCAUUCAAAUGGUGAAAAAGCGCUUGAAUGGAACUAGUCCGGCUGCUUUCAGUUCACAGAGCUGAGAUUUUCUAACUGGAUCAAAGCAAUUCCGUUUUUCUUUUUCUCCUCAGUAACAUCAGACUUUUUAUAUACAUAAUCAGUGGAGGUUCCGGACUUGUCGAAGGACAUUUAAAAAAAAAAAAAGCAUUGACUCCAAAAUCUGUUCAUUUCUGCCUAGCAACAGUCAAGGCGUGAACACGAAUCAAUAUUCUGCUACUAAAUGGUGCUCUGUGUUCGUUCUCUCUGGCACUGCUGUCGAGUUAAGUGAAGCUAAAUCCAGGUAGAUAAUAUCAAUAAUAAUGACAGGAAGAAAAAAAAACUGAAGCGCUGCACGUGUUUCUGUAUUUAUCAUCAUUAUUAUUAUUCAUGUUUUUCCAAGUGGCACUACUUUGAGACCUUCUCAAAGCAGGAUUUUUUUUAACCUUCUUAAGCUGAAAUGUGUAUAUUUAUUUGAGCUGCUGGGUGCUGCGGAUGGACACCGAGGUUUUACGACUCUAAAACGCGCGAAACACACACACACACACACACACAUCCUCACACACUGGGAAAAUCUUUUUACCAUUUGCCACAACAAACUACUGGACUACUUCACACUUUUUUUUUGGGUGUUGUCGUUUUUGUGUUUGUACUGUGAAUAUGAUUAAUUCUCUUUACUGUACAGUUAGACUUAUAUAUUUAUGUCCCCCUAUUUCCCUUUUUUUUCUUUUCUAAAAAAAAAAAAUCCUGAAAUAUGUUGUACAAUGCAAUAUAGUAUGUGAGUCGCUGUCAGAAAACAAUGGUGCUAAAUUUGGACCGUGCCUGAUUUAAUUUAUUCUUCCAGUGGAAAAACAUCCCAAAAAAAAUCAAAGGCGACACAUUGUGCUAAACACAGGGAUUUCUUUUUUUUUUUAUUUUGUAUUUUUUGUAAACUCCCCUUUUUUGGCCUUUAAAUUUCUUCUAUUUAAUAUUGUAUUGGGGUGUCCAACACUUUUGGAUAAACAUUCAGUGGACAAAAAAAACACACCACUGUUUUGUACAAAAUUGCCAAUGCAAAGCUAUAUUUAAUAAUAUGUAAUUACAUAUGUCUAUAUAUAUAUAUAUAUAUAGAUAUAUAUAUAUAUGAGGAAAAGAAAUUCUAUCGGUGCUGCAUUGUGACUCCCACAUUCAAUCUUCAGCCACCACAUGACCUUAACAUGCCCAGGUGCUGUGGCGGAGCGAACACGACAGGAUGUUUUCCUGUCUUUUUUUUGUGGUUGUUGUUUGUUUUGUUUUCAUUUUCUUAAACUCUGCAGGAAAAAAACAAACAAACGGUGCUUCUGUUUUAAACAUGAAAUUGAACAAUUAAUGGUGCAAACAAAGCGACGUGUCUUAUGAUGAAUUUUCGGGGUACUGCAAGAGCCGCACUUGUUUUUUGAGUGUGUCUUGUGUUUUGAACACAAUUGCUGACUUGCGGCCCACGGUGACAUUUUUUAAGAACCAAGAACAUUUUGCAGAACCUGAUAGGGAACAAAAAAAGUUCCUAGAAAGGAAACCCACAAAUGCCCAUUAUACAUUGCUCACAAAAGGUUUCAUAUUUUGGGCUUUCGGUUGAAAUUUAGAGAUGUCAGCCACGACUGCUGCAUUGUUAGCAAGAUUUAUUCGUGAUCGUGCGGCAAAUACUAAAUGUUACUGGUUUGGAAUGUUUGUUCCUGGCAUGUACAAUCAUUUAUCAAAAUCAAAAAAAGAGGUAAUAAAACGAUCCCGUCGGGCAGAAAUGUUGCUUGUUUCGCAUCGCUUCUGCAUUUCCUCAGAUACUUGUUCACUGUAGUCGGUGAUCUCUCCAUUUACUUCUUUAUAACUUGAGUGUGCUAAUCGUCGGUGGAUAUUCCACCAGAGUUUCAGCACAGCUCCUCAAGCACAGCGUAGCGGCCCCCUCGCGGACCAGACUUUGUCACCUGAGAGUAAGACGUAUAGAGAGGGAUGAUUCUACCCUCCCUGACACCUCAAUUCUCCCUGCCCGCCUCUUCACUUUUCACAGAUAAUACGAGAACAUCUAAAACAGGCUGGAUAGGGGCUCUCGAGGACCGGACUUGGGCACAUUUGUAUUAGUCCAGUCAUGGAUCAAGAACCCGUUUUCAAGUUUGCCAUUUGGCUCCUUGUUAUUGAGCAGUGAAUUGUGCAAAAAGUGCUCAAAUGCUAAACAGUCGGACAUGUACAUUCCAAAAGGUUAGUGAUGGUUCAAGCGCAUUUUCGGUUGAUCUUGAAAUUUCCUCCCAAAGCCCAAUAUGCUUGACUUUGAGUCAUGUAUAUCUCGUAUCUGAGCUGAUGUUACCCCCCUCCCCCACUCUCGUUCAUUUGUCGCAAGCACUGUCUUUUUUUUUUUUUUUAAAUCAUAGGUAUCACUUCCCUCAUCUUUCUUCAGUUUUGUCUUACAGAUUGCUGUCCUGUUUGUAGAACCGCUAGUCAGACAAGACAGUUUGGUGCUCCUUCAACAUCGUUCAAAAUGCCACUCCUCGAGCUGUUGCUUCGCUUUCUCGCCAGUAAAUUUUCCACGGAGGGCUCAUCCGGGCAGCUUUUCGGGAUGUGCAAGUGAGAACCUGCAUUUUUGUCGCAGCUUCCAGACAGUUUUGUAGCGCAUUGAAAUCAGAGUUUGAAAUACACGGCACAUUAUUGUCGCGUCUGCAGUACGAUGUCUGGUCAAAAUACACAAAGGUGGACAAGUAGCCUCAGAAGGUCAACGCAAUUCCAGGUUUGUGUUAGUUUUGGUUUCACAGAGAAAAUGGGUUGAUAGAUAUCGAUUGCGUUAGCUGUUGGACAUUUAGCUUUCCCCGGAGAACAUAACACGAUUCGUGCUUGUUUCUGAACCGUACGGUAUGUCCUGUUUUGCCUUCAAAAAGGUGUCUGAAUUCCGUCAGUUUCUUUGUUAUACAAAAAAAAUAGAUGAAAUUAUCCAAAAUAUGGAUUAAAUUACAGUCUGAACUUCCGUGGGCCAUAUAAAUUGAUGUAGCGGGCCAGAUCCGGCCCCUCGCCCUCGAGUUUGACACCUGCCCCUUAAAGGUAGAAAGGAAGUUGAUCAUGAACAUUUGUUGUUGUAGUUUUUUUUUAACUCGGAAGACAAACAUUAUUUUUAAAAAAGCAGUUUCUUUUGAGGUUUGGAGAUGGACCCCCCCCCUUGAUUGGGAGUAUGAAGCGACCAUCUUGUAGAACCCGAAACCUUGCUGUCCAAGGCCUCAAAUGCUCAGUCCUGCCAAAGCACUUACCUCAGGAACUUUUUUUAACGCAUCUUUAAACUUGGUCGCUAUAUCUGAAAGGACAAUCUUUGUGGGGGAAGUAAGAAAAUAACGUGAGCCAUUUGGGCACACUCGGGGUUCUCACUGGCACAUCCGUCCAGCCUCGGGAAACUCCGCGAGUCAGCGUCAACCUCUCAAACUAAGGCAUGGCGGCGCCUUUUUUUCCCCGCAUGCGGUGAUCCUGCACCGUGAAUGGUGUUGACUGUUUGAGGGAGGUGUUGGAGGGUUGGGGGAGAGCAGCUAGGAGAAGGUGCAAUGACGGCAAAGCCCGGCUUGUCGUGGAAUCGUGUUUAAAGUGUGGUGAUGGUGCUUUCAUCCUAAAAUGUAAUCAUGACAAAUGGAAUAUUUGUGUUGCUUUUCGCCCACUCUGCAUUUUAUGAAUAGUAAUAAAAUGUUUCAUAUGA